GAAUAACCACAGUUGCACGGUCUCUUUGCAAUAACCAUCUACGAAGGUGCACCGUUCUCGUCCUGAGCUAAGGCCUAAUCCGGCGACGUGUACCCUUUCUGGAUACCAUCCAAAUUUGCUUUUUGCAUCAAACCGUAGUUGAAUAUCUCUAGUGUCAGAAAUGGCCUCCACUUCUGAGCUUGCUUGCGUCUACAGCGCCCUGAUCCUUCACGAUGAUGAAGUCCCCAUCACGGCCGACAAAAUCAGCAAUCUGAUCAAAGCUGCCGGUGUGAGCGUGGAGCCGUUCUGGCCAGGCCUGUUUGCCAAGACCCUGGAGGGGCAAGACAUCAAGAGUCUCCUGGCCAACGUGGGCAGCCCAUCAGCCGGACCCGCGGUGGGCGGAGGCGCUGCCCCUGCCCAGGAAGCUGCUGCUGACGAGAAGAAAGAGGAGAAGAAAGAAGAAGAAGAGGAGGAAUCUGAUGAUGACAUGGGAUUCGGCUUGUUCGACUAGAAUGUUUCUGCAGAGUUGCAUCGCCACCCCAAUGUCGUCUGCAUGCUGCUACCUGCCUGGUCAUAAUGUGUCAAGCGAGGGGGCUGUUUACAAUCUAAACCCACUCAAAGACAGGUGUUGUGAUGUAGUGCAUGUACAUGUAAAUGCAAUAAAGAGAACAUUCUCAUUUUAAAUGUAA